AACAAAUUAAAUCCUCCUACGAACAAAGACCACCUCACCAUCUAAGAGUGCUCAAAAAGAGAACAGGGAUUUUGUACUCGUUCAAAUUAAGUUCAAGAAAUGGAUUCUUCAUUCUUUCAAUGCCAAAACUACUCCCAUUUCUCCCCUGAUCAAUCAUCUUCAUCCUUCAGCUCCCUUGAGUCUUUCUACGCCCAGUCCCUUCCCUUCAACGAAAAUGACUCCGAGGAAAUGCUUCUCUUAGGAGUCCUUAAUGAAGCCCCCAUGAACUCUUUUGAUACCAUUUCUCCCACCAACUCUACCCACUACGAGGAGGUAAGCUCCAGAGAUGAUUAUUAUCAAGAGGAACCUACUCAGGAAAUUGCUUAUAGAGGGGUUAGAAGGCGUCCUUGGGGAAAAUAUGCGGCGGAGAUUAGGGAUUCAACAAGAAAUGGAGUAAGAGUAUGGUUAGGAACAUUUGAUACAGCUGAAGCUGCAGCCUUAGCUUAUGAUCAAGCUGCAUUGGCAAUAAGAGGUUCACUGGCUAUACUAAAUUUUCCUAUGGAGAAAGUUCUCAAGUCAUUUCAAGAAAUGAACUACGAAUUCAAGGAGGGUUACUCACCAGUUUUAGCAUUGAAAAAGAUCCAUUCAAAGAAGAGGAAAGGAGAGAGCAAGAAAAAGAAAGUCAAGGAAAUGAGAAAUGAAAAUGUGGUGGUAUUAGAAGAUCUAGGAGCCGAGUACUUGGAGGAGCUUCUAACCUUCUCGGAGACUGCCACUUCUUGGUGAUCACUCUAUGCUAAUAUUAGUUGAAUAGUUCUUAUUAGUUUUGGCGACACUAUUAAUUAAUAUCAUCGCAUUGUCUAAACAUUUUCUAAUCUUUCUUUAAGUUAAUGGUUCAAUUUUUAGAUGAUGGAGAUUGUGACCUUUCAUUUUAUUUAUUCGUCAUUGCUGAAUGAUGGAAUAUGGUUAAAGGUUUGAUUUU